AAAAUGGAUGAAUCCAUAACCAAGAAUUCGGCUUUCCUUUAAAAAACCCCAAAAAUAAUUAAUAAAAAUGAGCGGAUAUAAACGCGUUAACUUCUACGAGUUGUGCCGUUUGUGCGCUACGAAUCGUGAAAAGAAAAAGAUCAACAUAUUCGAAGAGGAGGGAAAAAAAAUGCAAUUACAAGCGAAGAUCCAAGCUUGUCUCUCAGUUAAGGUAUCAGAAAGCGAUUGUUUACCAAAAGUGGUUUGUUCGGAUUGUUUAAAAAACCUGGAAGAGUCAUUUUCGUUCCAAAAACAUUGCGUUUCAUCAGAAAAAAUGCUCUCAACUUAUUUUAACAAUUACCGACACACCGACGAUUUUAAACGAAACGGGCAAGUUUACAUAAAAGAUGUGGAAUCAACCAAAGAAACAAAUAACGUAUCUAUAAAUAAUUUAAAACAAGAAGAAUCAAUCCCCAACAUAAACGUUUCGGUUAACCAAAACGGCGAAGUUAUUAAAAUAACCCAAAAUAAAAUCGACGAAACCGAAAAAAUCGCCGUCGUUGUAAACCCCUCGGGGGUUGUUUCAACCCAAAAUUUCGGAUUAAUCCAAACCGAAGAUAAUUUAAAUUACUUAGAUGUACACCAAUCUUAUACGAUUGCAACAGAGAAUAUCACCAAUCAAGAAAUCAAAGAGAUUAAACGGGAUAAUAAUAAAAUGACGAAAUCGUUUUCUUGCGAACGUUGUUUGAAAGUAUUUAAACGACGCGAACAUUUAUAUCAACACGAAAAAUUGCAUUCAGGUUUUCGACCGUUUGUUUGCGAGCAUUGUAAAAAAAGUUUUAUGAGGAAAGAACAUUUACACAGACAUAUGACGUGCCAUAGUGGGCAAAGAAAUUUUAUGUGUCAACUUUGUUUAAAAUCGUUCUCGAGGAAUGAUAAUUUAUUAAAACAUAAAAAGACGCAUGAUAAGAAAGCCGGGUUUCGAUGUAAAAUUUGCGGGAAACACUUCGCCGUUAAACACUAUUAUAUCGCGCAUAAAUGCGGAAAUAAUACCUGAGAUUAAAAAGUUAAUUGAAAAAGAUUUUAAAUUCGAACUUUUUUUUUCAUUAUUUUGACAUUAGAAAAUUGCUGUGGAUUGAUAAAGAAGUAUUUAAUUUGUGAUAUUUAUUUAUUUAUGUAUUUUUUUGUUUGUUAAUAAUUAAUAAAGAAUUUUUAUUAUCAA